GUGGAGUGGGUGUGGGCAUGGCGUGGGCCAAUUUCGUUGUGGGGCGAUUUCUUUGUUGGGUCGCCACGUCUACGCGAAGUCAUGUCUCAGCAAGAGUUUCUAUUUGUCAACCCGGGCAAUCGGUCCAGGGCCUCCAAGAUCUCAACGACGGGUCGCGCCUUCGUCAUCAGGAAGGCCCGCGCCGCCAAUUCGUGGUCCACCACGCGCAAGAGCGGCAAGACCACUUCAAUUUCGGGUAUCGGCAAGACAGGCACCCUGGAUGGAAAGCCGCUAGCGAGGAGCGAGCCUGAGGCGGUUGGGGCACUGGCGCCAAAUUGUCAGGACCUGGCCGCUCGCCACAGCCCGUUGGUCUCGGUCUCACUCGAUCUGGUGCCUGCAAGCCGGAGCCGUAAAAAUGGCGAAGAUGCGCCCAUGGCAGCUAUUGCCCCUAGCCAGGCCCAGCAAGACGUUCGACUCGUAGAGCCGCGGAACAAGACUAGGAGCAGAAAAAACCCUAGAUGCCCACAUUGUCGACUAGCAUGGCGGUUUUGUACUUGCUUCUCGGUCUCGGGCAUUCGUUGCUGAGUGGUCGCUUUGACCCCUUUUCGUCUCUGGCCGUCGAGCUGAAGAAUGGCGACGAAAAUCUCCUGACCUACUUUACCACAACUGUCGUCCCAUCCAUCUCUCCCCUUACGAGCAACGGCCGCCAAGCGGUCGAGGUGCAAAAGUACUGGGUGACAGUGUCCUUCUACCACUCGGGCUUCAUGCAUGCGCUCCUGUGUCUCGCAGCUCUCCAACUAGCUAUCGCAGAGCCACAUCAGUCUCCCUUCCUAGUCGAGCGAUUCAUGCACCACAGACUGGAGGCUAUCUCUUCGGUACAUCGUGACCUGGGGGAUGCCGAACGCGCCUUGAGCGACGAGAACAUUGCAACCGUCUUCAAUCUACUGUGUAUUGAAGAGAACUUGUUUCUUCACGCCUCAGAUGCGCUUGCCAUCAAUCCCGCGUGGCGCCACUUGCAGCCCGAUACUGCCCAGCGCCAGGUUCAUCUAGAUGGCUUGAAACGCAUGUUAGCCCUGCGCGGGGGCGUGGCCCAGCUCGGCGAGAUGCGCGGCCUGCAGGCCUUCCUCAUCCGCUGGGUGUGCACCUCUCUGGGCUGCCGAAUCACUUUCAGCCUGCCCCACAUGUACAACCCCCAAGACCAGAUGGAACGGAAUGCUGCUGAAAUGGCCGAUCAGACAUUUGCUGCCUCGACUCUCCUUCCAAAGGGCUUGCUGGCACGUCUAUACAAGUAUCCCGAGUCAUCACCCUUCUACCAUGAAGGCUCGAGGAUGGCCGAUUCCUGCAGGAGCGUUGGCAUGCAUCCCGAGCUGUUCCACCAUAUUCUGACCAUCGAGUGCCUGCUCAAAGACGCAACAGCAAUGGCCAUGCGCCCCGACUCAUACAACUUAGACUUGCUGGACAUCCAGAACCUAUUCUCCCUCGUCCUUGGCGAGCUCGUCCGUUGGAAUCUUGAGAACGAAGCUACGCUAACGGCCACGGAGAAGGUCACGGCCAUAUGUCUCUUCAUGUUCAUCUUCCUCGUCGGCAACGGAACGCACGGCGCCUGCAGCCCACUUCCGGGGAUAAUGCCGAGACUCCGCCAGCACUUUCUCGACCCCCACCUCAAGAUCCAGCUGCAGGCGGCCGGGAUCGAGAUCUGGGUCGCACUGCUUCUGCUCAUGUCGUCGACGGAGAACCCGGCGAGUGGCGAAUUCUUCUUCCGCUACUACAUUGAGGCGCUCGCCGGCCGGGAGCCCCACGCCAGGACCUUUGAGGACCUACAUUCUAUGCUACAGAAUUGCGUGUGGGCUCCACAUAUGGACCCCAACGCACGCAAGGCAUGGGACGAGUCGCUAGAGGUAUGGGAGAGCGUGCGUGGCAUCGCGGCAGAAGACCCCGGCGUCAUCGCCAACCUUACCAGGCCCAGGCCGAAUGACUUGCAUGCCCGCCCUACCAUCCCGCUCUCGAAUCCCUACGCCACUUCCCACAUGAAGAAAUUGUUUGGACCUGUGGGCGCCCACUGAAAGUUUUGGGGUGAAAUUCUGAAACUAGCUUUUUGAGUUCAAGUGUCAUGAAGGUAACGGCCUGGAAGUGCAUUUUCGAUAACGUGGUUUAUCACCGAGCGGGCCACUUUUCCUCGACUCCAUGACUUCUAGACUCAAUUACAACCGCACCACAAUAAAAAUUCAA